AUGAUUAUAUCGUUAGUAAUGAUCGAUAUUAGUAAUGAUUAUAUCGUUAGUUUAGAAAUCUGUGACUAUGUGAAUUAUCACGACGACAUAUGUGAAGGAGGCGGGUACCUUUUAUGGUCGCAAUAUGUAGAAUGUCAAUUCGACACUGCUAAAAAGGUAGCAGUCAUUGUUGCGGGCUUCUUCUGGAUGCUCAUGUUGUUCAUAAUGGUUUCGACGACAGCUGACGAUUUCUUCUCGCCAAACGUCUCAAGGAUUGUCGCCCACUUGAAAAUCAGCGAAAGUAUAGCCGGCGUAACCUUCAUGGCAUUUGGAAAUGGAGCACCAGACAUUUUCGGAUCAAUCGCUUCCGUUCUCAGCAGUCCAAAACCAAAAGCUGGCUUAGCACUUGGAGAACUUCUUGGAGCUGGCAUCUUCGUUACCUCAGUUGUAACUGCUACUAUAAUAUUAGUGCGUCCAUUCAAAAUCGAUAUUUUCGCAACGAUUCGAGAUCUGAUUUUCUAUUUGAUCGCUCUCGGAUGGAUUCUAUUUGUGUUCCUCUACAGUCACCAAGUCUAUAUCUGGGAACCUUCAGGUAUGCCUUUGUUUUCGUUACUACGGCUUUCAGUUGGGAAUUCUUUGAAAACACUACUCAGCAGUCAUUAUUACCUCAUACGUCCAAGCCUAUCUGUUCCCUUCCAGAUGCCAGGGAUGGUUUUCCUGAAGCUGACGAUUCCGCUAAACGAGACAAGUUGGUCGAAAGCAGUAGCAAUCAUACAGGCUAUCUGUGCUCCGCAAUGGUUUCUCUUCGCCAUACAGUAUUUGACAUUCAAACCAUUUGACGGAAGCCCAGGGCUCUAUGCAUACGCGUUUAUACUAUCAGCGAUAGUUAUUGUUUUACUUUCGAUUUUUACAAGUAUGGGAGUGAAGCCCAGAUAUUAUGAGGAAACCGCGUCUUAUGUUGGCUUUAUCAUGUCGAUCUCAUGGAUUUAUUUCAUUUCGUCUGAAAUAGUGAGCGUGGUGACAAUGUUUGGAGUGAUCUCGCAGAUAUCUCAUGAGGUACUUGGGUUGACGAUCCUCGCAUGGAGUAAUAGUAUUGGUGAUUUGAUCGCUGAUAUCUCUGUUGUGAAGCAAGGUUAUCCUCGAAUGGCUAUUUCUGCCGCCAUAGGUGGACCCCUUUUCAACUUACUUAUUGGUUUCGGAUUACCGUUCCUUAUCGCCAAAGCUAAAGGAAGGACAGUUACGAUCGAUUUCAAUCCAACUUACAAGAUGCUCGUUCUGUUUCUUGGUAUAUCGUUGUCGACCACCUUGAUAGCAUGUUUUGUGCAAAGAUUUUACCUACGACGACCACAUGCUAUCGUAUUGAUACUCAUCUAUCUGCUUUUCAUCACUAUGAUCAUACUAACCGAGACCGACGUCGUCGUUUGGAAUUAA